CCCCAGGACGCCUGGUGUGCCGAGCUGUGGAGGAUCCAUUUCCUGGCGGCGGAGCUGGGGCACAUGGGGGGCGUCGCGGGCACGGCCCUGCAGCCCUUCGUGGUGAAUGUGGCCACGCAGGUCCAAUUCAUCAAGGAAUGCGCCAUCACCGACCCCAUGGGCUGCGUGGGGCGGGAACGCACCAAUGUGUCGCGGAUGCUGAGCGCCCUGAACGGCCACCUGGUGGCACUAAGGAGCAAAAUGAUGCGUCAGGCGGGGCCGGUGGACUUCAGUAACUGCACCCCCGUCCGCUGCCAG